AAUAAAUUGUCAUUUUCUUGGAGAAUACAGAAAUACAAAGAAUAUUUAUACAAAAUAAUAAGAUAAUAUCUUUAAAAAUAUAGUUAACAAAAUGCUGAAAUUAAAACAAUUUAUUUUACCAAAUAUUUCGCAUUUUAUUCGCCGAAUUUCCACCUCUGCUCAAUUGAGGCACGAAGAAUCAUUUGUACACAGAGACAGUGCAGAUAACAAUGCCAAUACUCCUUUUGAAUUCACUGAAGCUAAUAUGAUGAGAAUAGCGGCAAUCAUCCAGAACUAUCCAGAAGGCGCCCAGCGCUCGGCCGUCAGCUCCUGUGUCGACAUCGUGCAGCGGCAGAUGGGCUGGGUGCCCAUCUCAGCCAUGCACAAAAUAGCCGAGAUCUUGAGCAUGCCCAGAAUGAGAGUGUAUGAAUGGUGCACAUUUUAUACUAUGACUAAGAGGCGCUUCAGAGGCAAAUACAACGUGAAAGUAUGUGUGACGACGCCAUGUAUGCUGCGUGGUUCCGACAUAAUCCUGCAGGCUGUGGAGCAGGCGACCUGCUGUUGCGCCGGGAGUUUGUCUGAAGACGGCAUGUUCGGCGUCGACACGGUCCAGUGCGCCGGCGCCUGCGCCAACGCUCCGGUCCUUGUUGUUGACGAUGAUUAUUAUGAGGACGUGACAGUUUGUGAUGUUCAAAAUAUUAUUCAAGCUAUUAAAUGUGGAAACAUACCCCCACCUGGACCACAGAGUGGAAGAUUUAGCUGCGAGCCCAUAUGCGGCCCGACGACCCUCUGUGAGUGUCCUCCUGGGCCGGGGUUCUGUAUUCAGCCGGCAUUGUUGAAGUGAAUGCUAUUUUCUGCUAGUACAUUUUGAAUAAAAUUAUAUUUCUAAUAACAGUCCAUCUAAUAACGUUUGCAGAAGCAUAAUAAAUUGUACACCUAAACCUUCCUUAGGAAUCACACUAUCUAUUGGUGAAAUCCGCAUGAAAAUUCGUGUUGUAGUUUUUGCGUUUAUUGUGAACUGAAAGACAGAUAGGGCAGAGAACUUUGUUUUAUAAUAUGUAUAAGACUAUCUGAUACUGGGCUCUAUGAUAUCAGUGAAUUGUAAAUGGUUACGAAAGUGAGCAUGUUUAUUACUUAGUUAUGAAUCUUAGCAAUUCGAAAGUCGACCACAUGUUAAAUCACCCUGCGUGGAUCUUUAUGUUGUGGUAAUAGAAGUGUGUUUGCAAUAAACUUGGGUAGAUACCCACUCAUAUAGAUACAUCACUAUUGACUGCUACCCGAUGUACAAACUAGAUAGAUAAAUAACUAUAGCGUACAUACUUAUACGGUUCAACGAGCUCAAUAUUUACUUAUUUGCUGCGCUACAGAUUGAAAUUAUAAAGUAUUUUAGAAAUUGCAAAACAAAGUAUCAAAGCUAGUUAAAAUGUGUAGAAUAGGUAAGAAGAGAGCGUACAAUCGUGACUGAAAUUCUUGAUGGUAAAUUAAAUAUUUCGCAAAGGUUUUAAUAUCCUGUCAGAAAAAUGACAGUAUAAAAUUCCAAUUUUCCACUUCAAGCGUCCUGUUGCGAAACACGACGGGCGAAUAAAUAAUUAGUUCGGGAUAGCACUGGGAUCACUUUGUACAGUCAUCAGUUGGAUUAAAAUGAUGAAUUUGAAAUAACUAUACACGUCCGUAUUUAUUUAUUUUAUUUUAUUUUAUUUUGAAAACCAUACAGUUUAAUGACUACAUAGCAGUCUAAAGUCUACAAACAUAAUUAAUGGAAUCCAUGGAAUGAUAGUGAUCAGUCCUAUUCCAGGGCGGAACCACGCCAUAUAAUGUUUUCAUGUUACGGAAUUUGGACAUUUAUAAAUCCUCAUGAAAUCUGGCUAUAAAAAUGAGUAGAAAUUGCCAAAUUUCCAAUUUUCAAUCUAGACGUAUUAAGUUAGAAAUUGUUUAUUGUGUUCCAUAGAAUAGCAGAUUAAACGAAAAAAAAAAACAUUUAAGUUUAAUAUAACAUUAAAAUGAUGAUGUUUGUUUAUUAUAUCAAUUUUGAUUUAAUUUACCGACUGUACCACUUGUGAAUAUCGUUAUAAAGAUCAAAGAAGUCUUGUUUGCGAUUCUUCGGAACUUUGAAGCUGUGGUAUCAAGUUCAAGGUUUUAUUGAUUGUUUGUUUGUUGUUGUUUUACAGUUUAUCAGGCUUAAACUUCGAAGUAAGAUUUGGUUACAUUAAAUGUAUUAGUAGAUAGUGUUCUAUUUAGGUACAUUUUAUUAGACAUAAUAUUACCUGUGAUAAUAAGAGUCCGUU